AUGCUGGAUACAUCAGAAGCGGUUCCAAAUUAUGUUGGUGGUGUUGAAGACCGGGUUGAUGUGGUAGUUGAUGUUAUGUCGUACUUUGAGCUUGUGAGUAUUUUGAUUCAGGAUUUCGAUUACUUGUCGGUUGAGAAGAUGUGGUAUUUGACUCCGAGAUAG